CAGUGUUUAUAUAACCGUACUUUCCGCGCCUACUACUGGGCCAUCGAUGAGCAUUUUUUUGCAUUAAUUCGUCCUUCAAUCGCUUCAGUUGGCGUUGACAAAUUGUAGCAUUAACCGUUUCACUGGGAUUUCAAUGAAAUUCAUGAUACACCACGCCUUCCAUGUCUCACCAAAUAAUGCAUAGCAUUAUGUCUUUUCCGUGGAUAUUCCGUUUUGGUGUCGAUGUUGGAAAUUGUUCGGGGUCCACCCACGAUCUCCUCUGUUUCGAAUCUCCUUAGUAGAUCCAGUUACGAUACGCUACAAAAAAAAAAAAAAAAAAAAAAAGAAAGCUCUUCCCCCUAUGCUUAGGAAGCAAGGAAAUGCAAAUGCCAAGCGAUUCAUUCAACUUUCAGCUUUCUGAAUAUAUAGGUGUUUCAGAAAGUUGAGAGAAGAAACUGAGAUAAGUUUGUACAUUUUUAUUGGAAAUAAAAAAUUUCCCGUUUCCAAAGUUGAUAAAUUGUUAAUUCGACUGGACUAAUGGGAACCAUAAUAUUAUAAGUUUGUCUAGUAACGGAUGCACAUUCGUAUAGUAAAUAUAUAAGUAUAAUAGCGAUUAAAGAGCGGCGUUGGUGUGCAUGGAUAAUUAGACAAGGACAGAAGGCGCCUCUGUGCAGCGUCCUCUUUCUUUUCCCACAUCGCGUCCACUUACACUGUAACGUAUAACCAAACGUACGGCUGCGCGUGCUCUAUCUCUGUGACUUUGCGGCUAUUACUUAUACACAUGUUACUCAUUGAAAAAUCGUGUACUGAUGGAGAAGCCUGAUGUAUCGUUUAACUAUAAAUAUAUUUUGUUAGCAAACAGAGAUUACAGUAUUAACCCUAUAAUUUGUUCAACUUUUAAAACGUACAAGGAUAACGAAAUCAAGGAUGACUGUACAUUGAUAAAGGUUCGAGAAGUAGAUACAAAUAUGGAUGGUAGAAAGGACAUUUUAAAGUUUGAAGCACACUUUUAUACCGAUGAACCUAUAAGAUCUCUUAAACUUUUACUUUUCUUCAAUUUCCAACUAAAGCAGUUGGUGGAGACGACGGUAGAAUCCAUUGCAUAUUUUACUCAUACGUUAAACGAAGAGGCGCAGAAAGUAUGUUUCUACGGUGACUUGAUAUUGCAACAGAAGAGCGUGAUCACUAGCGAAGGUUUAUAUCAAACGUAUAAUCGCAGUAUAGAAAUUGCUGACUAUUCCAUAGAUGAAUUACUGAUGGAAAAUUUUAAGAGGAAAUCGUAUCGUAAGGCUGGCAGAACCAUGUCUACGAGAUCGAAGGAGAAGGUGGUGGCUGUUUUUCGAAAAUUCUUUCGACCCUCGGAGAAGAUCUCGGAGCAAGAUGGAGCAAGCAGUUCGACGAGUUCUCCGUCCAGGAGGCUUCUGAGUCGACAUCAUCGUCCGGAUGCGGUCACUCCUACCGAUGCCACAUUGUCCGACAAUGCCGGCGCUAGCAACUCUAAUCAUGCAAGUUGUUUCUUCAAGUCAAAAAAAUCUACUGCUAAUUCCACGCAGGGAACGAUUGCAAUGCCGGAUAAGGGACUUCGCUUACGUCGUUUAAUGAAGGAACUAAGCGAAAUUCAGAGGAUGCAGAAUCGGCUCGAGUCAACAUUCACCGCGGAGUUGGUAAACGACAAUUUGUUCGAGUGGCACGUGAGACUGCACAAGAUCGAUCCGGAAAGUGAACUGGCCGCGGACAUGAGGGAGCUCGAUAUACCUUACAUACUUCUCCACGUGGUGUUUCCUGAGAAUUUCCCGUUCGCUCCACCUUUUAUGCGCGUUAUUUCGCCAAGAAUCGAGAAAGGCUUCGUUAUGGAAGGCGGUGCGAUCUGUAUGGAGCUUCUCACGCCCAGAGGAUGGGCCAGUGCGUACACGAUCGAAGCUGUUAUCAUGCAAUUCGCGGCCAGCAUCGUUAAAGGCCAGGGCCGCGUAGCGAGAAAACCAAAGACCAGCAAAGAAUUUAACAGACGUUCCGCCGAAGAAUCCUUCAGAAGUCUAGUAAAAACGCACGAGAAGUAUGGUUGGGUUACACCGCCGCUUACAGAAGGAUAACUCUGCAGACCUUACGAAGGAACGGAAGACUUUGUUGUUAUUUAAGAAUUCGUGCUCACAAUCAACAGGUUUCGGAUGUGACUUCCGUUUGUAUCAUUACGGGAAACAUUCGAUAAUCGCGCAAAGAUCCGGACUCGAUUUUUCCCAAUUGCGCACACGUAAAAACGAUCAUCCUAUUUCUAGAAAUUGAGAUUUUAGACGUGCCAAAUUUUUGACUCGCGAUCAAUAAAACACCUUUACCGACACCUUUGUCACAUUUUUCUGAUUAGAACGACACCAAAUACCAUGUAAUUUGGAGCAAAUUUGCUUACUUAGUAAACGAUAAUUAAAUACAUAUCAAGAAGUAAAUGUAAUUCGAAUUACGUUGUGUAAUUGGCUGAUGGUGAACUCGUGGAACCGUUCCGUUCUCUUCGAGUUCCAUGAUUUUUUAAUACGUUGUAAAGCGCGACGUUUCUUGAGUAUCCUUCUCCUACACGUAUAACCGUCCAUCUCGCUUACUUUCCGAGAUAUUACAAGCUACCGUUACACACUCUGUUCCUCCUGCUUGUAAUCGUGCGUUCUGUGCCAGCCAGCGUAUACAUCGCUAUUGGAUGUCGGUCGUUUAUCUCGCGACGGUUCGAUCGAGAGUACCAAAGCCAAACUCAAAUCCCGAUACAACGAUGAUAUUCGCUUUUAAUCGAGUUACAAAUUAUAACGGACGUUUCUUGCAUUCCUGCAGUCUUGCAUAUGGCCGACCCAUCUUUGCAAACGGAAGAAUAAUCGGCCGGCAUCCACAAUACAGGACGUGUAUGCUGCCACAGACGCGUAAUUCUAAACAGAAAUACACUGUUGUAACGAUACCUUGCAAUAUCUCGGAAAUAAAGCGACACCGAAACGGUUAUAUAUACGGAGAGGACGGGUCGAUUCUACGAGUUCGUCGCAUUCGAUUUAAUCAGAAACAUCUACCAAAUCUACGUUGGUAAAAGUUUCAUUAAGAAGUGGUGAAAAACAAUAAGUUUCACCUUUGAAUUAGUAUAGAAUUAGUAGUCAGACUGCGUGGCGGGGACGAGGAGUGUGCAAUUACGCAGAGCAUCUUUCCGAGCAAUUAUCGAAUGCUUUCUGUACUUCCUUUUCCCGGAAACAAUGUAACUGCGUUAUAAUCGCAUUAAAUGUUGCUUUUAUAAAUGACAGGUAAUGUAACGUAACACGUAGUUGAAAAAGGAAGGUGGAAAUCAAGAAUUUGUUAAUUCGGUUGAAACGGUAAUGAUAAAGCUCGAGACCUAGUUACGAAAACGUUAUUUUACCAAUUCCACGUUGAAUGGAUUAUCGGUAAAACUAUCACGACGAUCCUACUACGAGUAAUAAACAUACCCUAAUGAUAAAUAUUUUAUAACUUUUACGUGGGUAUCUAAAUAUAUUUACAAAUAUUUUUGUUAACUUGUUACCAAAAAAAUGUCUUUCAUCCAGCGAAUUAGUUUCGUUCCAUUAAAACGUAAGAAUAAGAAUUUAGUGGUAUAGAAGGAAUGACAUUCGUUACAAUGAUCGAGUAAUUUCUGUUACUACAUAAUACAAAAUUUAAUACAGCCAUGUUAUUUAUAUUUGUAAUAUCUACAGAUUUUUUAAGCGAAGAAGAGAAAACGUAGUCUCUCGAUUCUGUAUUUCUUUGUUUCAACUGUCAUUGCCUUGGACAUGUGAUGCUACAAACACGUGCAUAAAUUUUUAUAUUGCGUCGAUUAACAUUUGUAAAGAAAAAAAGAAAAAAAAAAAGCGUAGCGUCAAGUUUAGCUUUUAUUAUGCUAGCCAAUUUCCAAACAUAUUUCAUAGCAUUGUAUAAUAUAAUUUUCAGUAUUCUGAAGUCAACAACAUUGUUCUAUAUAUGGAUAUGAGUGCGCGAGACAUUCUGUAACUAAUUGUAAAUCGACUCAAAUAUAUACAUUGUCCUAUUGCA